CAUUGUUAAUCAUCAACUGAUCCUUCUCAUUUAAUGAUGAAAAUGAAGCUAAGCCACAUUGUAUUUGCAACUCUUUCACUUCUCGCUUUGUUACUGAUCCCAAGAGUAUUGGCCGCACAAUGCGGUGAGCAAGCCGAUGGUGCACUGUGCGCCUCUGGUUAUUGCUGCAGCAACCAUGGUUGGUGUGGAACCACCGGUGAUUAUUGUGAUCCAGACAAGUGUCAAAUCCAGUGUCCUUCACCGUCUCCUCCACCUCCUCCAUCCACCCCAACCCCUUCCCCUCCUCCACCCACCCCAACCGCUCCUCUCCCUCCUACUCCAUCCCAAGACAUUACUGAAAUCAUUAGCAGUGAUUUAUUUGAUGAGCUGCUUUUGCAUCGGAACAAUGUUGCUUGUCCUGCUAGGGGCUUCUAUACCUACGAUGCCUUUGUACAAGCUGCCAGGAAUUUCAUUGGUUUUGGCACCACUGGCGAUAUUACUGACCGUAAAAGAGAGGUUGCUGCGUUCUUGGCUCAAACAUCGCAUGAAACUACUGGUGGUUGGGACACUGCACCUGAUGGCCCUUAUGCAUGGGGUUACUGUUUCAAAAGCGAAGUAGGAAACCCUGAUGACAUGCCUUCCUAUUGCGAACAAAACGUUGAGUGGCCCUGCGCUCCUGGCAAGAAAUAUUAUGGACGAGGCCCCAUCCAAAUUUCAUACAACUACAAUUAUGGACCUUGUGGAGUUGCCAUAGGAGAAAACCUCCUAGGUGAUCCUGAUUUGGUGGCUGCAGACACAGUAAUCUCAUUCGAAACUGCACUUUGGUUCUGGAUGACUCCUCAACCACCAAAGCCUUCGAGCCACGACGUCAUCCUCGGGAUAUGGGAACCAACCCCAUCCGAUAUAGCAGCCAAUAGGCUCCCUGGUUAUGGGGUUAUCACGAACAUCAUCAACGGAGGAUUGGAAUGCGGUCAUGGCCCUGACAAGAGGGUAGAGAGUCGAAUUGGCUUUUACUUAAGGUACUGCCAAAUUCUUGAUGUUAGCCCUGGCGAAAACCUUGACUGCGGCGACCAGAGGUCUUUUGCCGACGGAAUCUUGUUCAACUCUGUGUAGAAUAAAGCUACUACUCUUGUACUAGUUCUUCUAAUUGCUCGUGUUAAUCCAUUAAGUGGAUGCUUGCAAUCUGACAAUUGUGAGCAUGUCUUGACGCCAUAUAAUAAAGAAGCGAGAUUUCAAAUA